CCUUCAGCGUCUCUUAACUUAACUGUUGAACUUACCUAGGUUGUCUAAGGAUGGCUAGCAGCGACGGCUGGGUUCAGAGUGGUGAAUUUGCCGCCUUUGACACUGCAGAAAAGACUUCACCAGCUUGGGCUUCUAGGCAGCCACCUUUAAUGAAUCUUUCUCAGGCUGAAACUGCAAGGCCAAAGCUUCCACCUUCUGAGAUGCUCAGUACACCAGAGGUGACACAAAAUCCAGACACUUUCCUUCUGAAGGCAGCCCAUGCAUGCUCAUCACCAGCACUUCCUGAAAAAAAAGACCUUGAGCAAUUUAUUGCAAAAUACAAACAGGGAGCAAUGCACCCAGUAUCUGCCUUGCAUGACUUUGCACGUAUGCACAAUGUACAACUUGAACUGAAAGAAACUGGUGUGGCAGGCAGCAUCAUAAGGCCUUAUUUUGCCUUUUGUGCUGUGGUAGAUGGUGUUUGCUACAAGGCUGGCCUGGGAAAUACCAAGAAGGAAGCUAAACUAAAUGCAGCUAAACUAGCUCUUGAUGAGCUACUUAACACUGAGUAUACCAGGGCAAAGAUUUUUGAAAAGUCAGAAAGAGGACCACUUUUAUAUGAACAAGUUUCACAAAUAGUUGAAGGAGUAUUUAACAGUCUGACUGCCAAACAUCCUGAGUACCAAAAUUGUGGCAGUUCACUAGCUGCAUUCAUCAUUGUAAAAGGUGGGCACCAUGAAGUUGUAGCUCUAGCAACAGGAGAAUGUAAUUACAGUCGAGGCCUUCAGCCUGGUGGAAGAGUACUGCAUGAUAGCCAUGCCAUUGUUACUGCAAGACGCUCCCUGCUAAGAUACUUUUAUAGACAUCUUCUGAUGUUCUAUAAUGAAAAUCCAGUGAGGAGAAAGGAAUCCAUAUUUUGCAUGACACCAGGCUCAGAGCUGCUUAGCCUGAAGCAAAAUACAACUGUCAUUCUCUAUAUAAAUCAACUUCCAAAAGGAACUGCUCAGUUAAAAUCACCCAUCUGUCUCAACCCACAAUCUAUGUCUGCUUAUGAAACUGGUGAAGAACUGAGUCUCCAUGUUGCUGUAGGGGGCAAGAUAUACCUAACUGUUUAUUGGCCACCCGAAACUGUCACAACACGCAGUAUGUCAGCUAGUGACAAAUUAACAAAAUGGGAGGUGGUUGGUGUUCAGGGGGCAUUGCUGAGUCAUUUCAUUGAGCCAGUAUAUAUCCACAGUAUUCUUGUUGGAAAUGGAAACUGCAAGGAUACAAGAGGACUAAAAUUAGCUAUACGACAGCGUGUUGAUGAUGCUCUUACAUUAAAGCUUCCCAUGCCUUACCUGGUCAACAGAUCUCAUACAUACUUGGUGAAUGCUGCACACCCAGUUCAAACACACUUUAAACAGACAUCUCUUAGCUUGAAUUGGUCAUUGUCAGAUGUAUCACUGGAGGUCGUGGAUGGGUUACAUGGAAAAGUCACUGAAAGUUCACCCUAUAAAAGUGGCACUCAUAUGGCAAGUCGCCUUUGCAAGGCAGCAAUGUUUAGUCGUUUUAGACUGCUUGCUAAGGAAGCGAAACGGGAUGAUUUGCUUCAAGUUGCAACUUACUAUGAAGCUAAGACUAAAUCUGAGUUGUACCAAGAAGCAAAAAAAUUGCUGCAAAGCUACUUAGAGCAACAUAAUUACGGAUUCUGGAUUGUGAAGUCUUCACAUAUUGAACAGUUCAGUGACUGACAUUUAAUUGUAGGGCUUGUAUUUGCAGCAAAGAAAAUGUUAUGGAGCUGCUUCUUGUCAAUUUAAAUACUGUUACUAAACCAUCUGUAACCCUUUAGUCACUUCCAAAAGCUGCCUUACAGGUAGGAGUAUCUAACAGCUUUGCAAAGCAGAUUUGGUUUGCCCCCCAGUGCCACCUCAUUUCUGCUCACCCUCCCCCCCCAUCCUGUGGAGUUACUAGCAUGAUUUUUUUUUCCUGUUAGUUUCAGGAUUGCUGCAUAUUGAUUUCUUUUUUUUCCCGUGCCUUUUUCAUAUCAUACAAGUGUGAGCAGCUGUUAAGUUAUAUAGUGUUUUCAUACAUCAGUAGUAGUAUAGUGUUGUAGUCACAUUUCAGGUUCUUAUUCGAAGAGGUUUCAAAAAUAAAAAUCUCCUGGUAUGAUGUGUAUUAAUUUUUGUUGUUGUUGUUCUAAUCUGAUUUUUCUAACUAGGAUGUGGAGUGU